GAUCGAGGAGGAGAUGGAGAACAAGUUCUUCGACCCGCCAUCUGGCACCAUCGCGUCGUAUUACUACGACUGGCUCGUGAAGAACGGCGUCAACCGCGUGCCCGCCGCCGGCGGCUUCAACGCGGCCGCGGGGCGGGGCGCGGGCUCGCUGCUGCCCGUCGCGGCGGCGGCGGCGGCGGUUGUGGCGGGGCAGCUGCUGCUGUUGUAGUGAGGGGC